AUGAGAAACCAUACAAUGGUGACAACCUUCAUUCUCCUGGGACUGACAGAUGACCCAAACUGGCAAAUUGUAAUUUUUCUUUUUCUAUUUCUGACAUAUUUAUUGAGUGUCACUGGAAAUCUGACCAUUAUCCUGCUCACUCUGCUGGAUGCCCACCUUAAAACACCCAUGUAUUUCUUCCUUCGGAAUUUUUCAUUCUUAGAAAUCUCAUUGACGUCUGUCUGCAUCCCUAGAUACCUGUUUAUCCUAGUGACUAUGGAUAAAAGGAUUUCCUAUGAUGCCUGUGCUACACAGUUAUUUUUUGGGAUCUUCUUGGGUGCAUCAGAGUUUUUCCUGUUGGCUGCCAUGUCCUACGACCGCUAUGUGGCCAUCUGCAAACCCUUGCAUUAUGCAACAAUUAUGAGCAGCAGAGUCUGCACACAGCUGGUUGUUACCUGUUGGUUGGCUGGGUUGUUAACAAUCUCUCCUGGACUUAUCAUGGGCCUGAGUUUGGAAUUCUGUGACGCUAAUAUUAUUGACCACUUUGUCUGUGACUAUGCUCCUCUCUUGAAACUCUCUUGCACUGACACACGGGUUAUAGAACUGUUUGGUUUAAUUUUAGCCAUCAUCACGCUCCUGAUCACAUUGGCUCUGGUGGUGCUCUCCUACGCAUAUAUCAUAAGAACAAUUCUCAAGAUCCCUUCCGUUGAGCAGAGGAAGAAGGCAUUUUCUACCUGUUCCUCCCACAUGAUUGUUGUCUCCAUCUCUUAUGGCAGCUGCAUUUUUAUGUAUAUAAAACCUUCUACAGAAGAUAGGGUAGCUUUAAACAAGGGAAUAGCAGUACUCACCACUUCAGUUGCACCUGUCUUAAAUCCUUUUAUAUAUACCCUAAGAAAUAAACAAGUGAAACAAGCCCUGAAAGAUAUCAUUAAAAAAUGUGUUUUGUUUACCUUAAAAUAA